GAGAGGGGGGAACGGGAGUGUGUUAGGACGACUCGAUUACUUUGGACUGGCGGAGGCCUAUGAGGCGAGAACCCGGCACCCGAAGCCAGUGCUGAGUCUACAACUUCGCUUGGGAGACGGCCGAGGCCGCCGGGUUCUAGGCGGUCGCGCUGGGGCCGCUCCGAAGGGGCUAAGCCGACCGCCGCUUCAGCCAUGGUUGCGCCCGCCGUGUUGCGCGCUCUGCGCAAGAACAAGACCCUUCGCUACGGAGUCCCCAUGUUGUUGCUGGUUGUUGGAGGUUCCUUUGGUCUUCGGGAAUUUUCACAAAUCCGAUAUGAUGCUGUGACGAUUAAGGUUGAUCCUGAAUUAGAAAAAAAAUUGAAAGCGAAUAAAAUAACUUUAGAGUCAGAAUAUGAGAAAAUAAAGGACGCUACUUUUGAAGACUGGAAGAAUAUUCGAGGCCCAAGGCCCUGGGAAGAUCCUGAACUCCUCCAAGGACGAAACCCAGAAGCUCUUAAGCCUAAGGCAGCCUGACUGUGCUCAGUUUUUCAAUAAAAUGAUCUCAACUGGACCUGUACUCCACUAGGAAGAUUCCAGAUCUGUGCAAACCUGGAUAUGAGUAAUGUGAUGGCUGAAAUUCUUGAUUAAAAAGUCAAAUAUAAAUCUAUAAAGACUUUCCAAUCAGUCUACUUGCAAAUGAAAGUAGCAGUGUUGAACACACACACAUACACACACACACACACACACACAGUAAAAAUGUGACUACUGUUAUCAUAACGUGCCACACAUCCUCUUUUUCUAUCAGCCAUAGUGCAUCUGCCUCAUUUUGGUUUUUGUUGAAAAUCCUUGGCUUGAAUCCAAAUUUUCCCAAUAAAAUUGUGACUUUAUGUUAAACCUAUAAAUAAAUGAUCAUAAUCUAGUAA